AUGUUGGAGCAGGUGUAUCAGUCGGGCUUCAUCUCGCUGCUCUACAGCGUCGGGUGCGACCGUGGAAGUAUACGACGCGUGCUCGAUGAAGAUGUGCAGUCAUCUGUCGUGGAGCUUUUAGCUGGUAACAUUGCGCAUACUUGGCUUCGGAUCCCUUUUGGUGCACAUGAGCAGCAACAAGAGUCGCUGUUGGCAUCAGCGUUGCAUAUUCGAUUGCGGCACCUGAUUCUGGUGCUCAAAAACCUCGACCAGCACGUGUCGCUGGAGGUUCACGUGGCCGACGAUCGCAACAUAAGAAGACGCUUUCGCUUCUCUACGUUCCAGAAGAGUAGUGCCGUGCAUUCUCAACUUGCCCUGCUGCCGCUACACUUGGACAGCGGCUGGAACCAACUGCACUUGGACCUGGGCGAGCUAUCGCGCACUUGCUACAACGCCCGAUACGCACAUGCGAUCAGCCAAAUGUUUUCUGAAGCGCAGCUUCCAGCUGAGUUUCGGCUGUUUAGAAGGCUCAACAAGCGUGACCAAUAUCGCAUCAGCAACAAAGCGAGUAAAUUUUCGUAG